UAACUAGAAGUUGCAUUAUAGUAUAAUGCUAUUCCUGUUGCUUUGAUAUAUGGGAAGACAUAAGAGAAAAAUUUGUUCGGUCUUUAUAUCUCUUGUUCUAAUGUUUGUUUAUUGCAGAUUCGAACAUUAGGGAUGCUCAGAUCUCGUUUUGAAUCAUUGCCUGGUGCAUUUAAUGCCUGUCUAAUUCCAGAUGAGAAGAGCGAGCCAAAGAGGAAAGGACUAAGAGCCACAUUCUCCUGUAACUAUGCUGAGAUCCCUCCUAACAAAGAGAAAGAGGCUGCAAGAUUUGCUCAGUUAUGGAACAGAAUAAUCAGUAGUUUUAGAGAUGAAGAUCUUAUAGAUGAUAGGGAAAUGAAUUUGUUACUUGUUCCAUAUUGGGCUGACCGUGAUUUGGAACUUAUACAAUGGCCUCCUUUUUUACUGGCUAGCAAGAUACCAAUAGCAUUGGACAUGGCAAAGGACAGUAAUGGGAAGGAUCGAGAGCUGAAGAAGAGGAUUGAAGCUGACAAUUACAUGUCCUGUGCUGUUCGCGAGUGCUAUGCUUCAUUCAGGAACAUUAUUAGGUUCUUGGUUCAGGGGAACCGUGAGAAAGAGUAAGUUCUGUUCUGAUAGAGGAAGCAUAACUAGAGAGUAUCUUGGACAUAGAAAUUCCUUCUUUACAUCA